AAAGUAGCUCUCUCUCUCUCUCUCUCUCUCUCUCUCUCUCUCUCUCUCUAACACAAAAACAAUCUCUUUCACAAAAUUCCAUAACAAAUUCUCUGCUUCCAUUCAUAUUUCAAAACCAAUCACACACAUAUAAAAAACAUACUUCAAUAUAGCCAUAACCCCAUUAGUAUUUUUGCUUCUAAUUCCUUUCAUUCAUCAAUGAAGUUGAGGAAAAAUCUCUAAUUUUCUUCAAUUCUCAUUUGUAAUCACCAAUAUUUUCAAACCCUUUUUAUCAAAAUUCAAUCUUUAUAUUGGUUUUGAAAGAAAAAAAAUAGAGAGAGAAAAAAAAAACACAGAAAGUGAUGGCACCAAAUUCAGUUACAAUUGCAACUGACAAAGUUAAUGAUUUCACUUUGUUACAAGUUCAUGAUUUGGAUUCUCCUAUGUUUCAAGAGAAACAAAAAAAAUCUACAAGUACAAAACAGUUUACAUGGGUGAUUCUCCUUAAACUCCACAAACUUCUGACAUGUUUGACAUGGUUGACAAAUGGUCUCAAAUCAACUUUUUCAUUGGUCAAAAAGAGAAUUUCAUUGUCUGAUAUAGGUGAUGAAAAUCCAAAGAACACAACAAGGUUAUAUAGAUUCAUAAAGUUUUUUCUUGCUCUUUCAAUUCUUGCUUUGGUUGUUGAAAUCAUUGCUCAUUUUAAUAAGUGGAAUUUGCAUGUGAUUCAACCUUGGGAAGUUAAGAAUCUUUUGCAAUGGUUUUAUUUGGGUUGGCUUGGUUUUAGAGAAGAUUAUGUUGCUCCUUUGGUUUUGUUUGUGUCACAAUUUUGUAUUGUGUUGUUCUUGAUUCAAUCUUUGGAUCGACUUGUUCUUUGUCUUGGAUGUUUUUGGAUCAAUUUUAAGAAAUUGAAGCCUAUGAUUGAUGAUGAUGCUUAUGAUGUUGAGGAUCCUUCAAGCUUUCCAAUGGUUCUUGUUCAGAUUCCAAUGUGCAAUGAGAGAGAGGUUUAUUCACAAUCAAUUGGUGCUGCUUGUCAACUUGAUUGGCCAAAAGACAGAAUACUAGUUCAAGUCUUAGAUGAUUCAGAUGAUGCUAAUUUACAAAUGCUUAUCAAAGAUGAGGUUUCAUCUUGGAAAGAGAAAGGUGUCAACAUUGUUUAUCGACAUAGAUUGAUCAGAACUGGCUAUAAAGCAGGAAAUCUUAAAUCAGCUAUGUCAUGUGACUAUGUCAAAGACUAUGAAUUUGUGGCAAUCUUUGAUGCAGAUUUUCAGCCAAAUCCUGAUUACCUCAAAUUAACCAUUCCUCAUUUCAAGGGAAAACCUGACUUGGGAUUAGUACAAGCAAGAUGGUCAUUUGUGAACAAAGAUGAGAAUCUAUUAACAAGGCUUCAAAACAUCAACUUAUGUUUUCACUUUGAGGUUGAACAACAAGUGAAUGGUUAUUUCUUGAAUUUCUUCGGAUUCAAUGGAACAGCCGGUGUUUGGAGGAUUAAGGCUUUGGAGGACUCAGGAGGGUGGUUGGAGAGGACAACAGUUGAGGACAUGGACAUAGCAGUUAGAGCUCAUUUGAAUGGAUGGAAAUUUAUAUAUCUUAAUGAUGUUAAAGUUCUUUGUGAAUUACCUGAAUCUUAUGAAGCUUAUAAGAAACAACAACAUCGUUGGCAUUCUGGUCCUAUGCAACUCUUUAGGCUUUGUCUUCCUGCUGUAAUAACUGCAAAGAUAUCAGUUUGGAAGAAGGCUAACUUGAUCUUUUUGUUCUUCUUAUUGCGGAAACUUAUACUUCCCUUCUAUUCAUUCACCUUAUUCUGCAUCAUACUACCCUUAACAAUGUUCAUACCCGAAUCAGAACUACCUCUUUGGGUAAUCUGUUAUGUCCCUAUCAUCAUGUCAUUCUUAAACAUCCUUCCAUCACCAAAAUCGGUCCCUUUUCUCGUCCCUUAUCUUCUUUUCGAGAACACAAUGUCGGUAACAAAGUUCAACGCAAUGGUUUCGGGACUAUUUCAACUCGGAAGUGCUUAUGAAUGGGUUGUGACAAAGAAAACAGGUAGAUCAUCUGAGUCAGAUUUGUUAGCACUAGCCGAAAGAGAAUCAAAGUCUUCAAAUGAAGACAAGAUUAGUAGAAGACAUUCAGAAUCCGGUUUGGAGUUAUUAGGCAAAAUUCAAAAAUCAGAAGCUGUUUCAAAGAAGAAGAAAAACAAACUCUAUAGAAAAGAGUUAGCACUUGCUUUUCUUUUGCUUACGGCUUCUGCUAGAAGUCUUUUAUCAGCACAUGGUGUUCAUUUUUAUUUUUUGCUUUUUCAAGGUUUGUCAUUUCUUGUAAUGGGUUUGGACUUGAUUGGUGAACAAGUUAGCUGAAAAAACAAAACAUUGAAAAUGUUUUGUUUUUUAUACCAAUAAUCGGUGAUUCUAAUUCUAAGUUCAUAUAUCAGUUGAAAUGAUAUAGAGUAAAUUUGAUUGAUUGUAUAAUCAUAAAAUAGUAAGGAUUCAUAGGGACAAGAAUGUAAUUUUUUGUUCUAUAUACAUUUUUUUGUAGACUUCAAAUUUGUUGGAGUUAUAUAUCAUUUGUUUGGUUUUC